AAAUCCAACAGGGCUGUGUGGACUGCGUGGACUGUAAUUCUGCCCAGACAAUGAGCAGGUUCAUUCUUUUGGUAUCUCCAGUGACAUACAGUCUGCAGCAAUGUCCGGAUCACAGAAGAGUUUAAGCAAGGGCAGUGCAGCUCCUGGACCAGUACCAAAGGGUCUAAUUCGCCUUUACAGCAUGAGAUUUUGCCCCUUUGCCCAAAGAGCACGACUUGUUUUGGCUGCCAAGGGAAUCAAAAAUGAAGUUGUUAACAUUAACCUAAAAAACAAGCCGGACUGGUUUUUUGAGAAAAGUCCCCAGGGGGUGGUGCCAUCUCUUGAGACCCCAGACGGUAAAAUCAUCUAUGAAUCUCCAAUUGUUUGUGAUUACCUGGAUGAAGCCUAUCCUGGGAAAAAGCUGACCCCAGCAGAUCCCUAUAAGAAAGCACAAGAGAAGAUGCUUCUGGAACUCUUCUCUGGGACUAUCGCUGCCCUGUACAAGAUUUUGUUUGCCAAAAAGGAUAAUCAAGAUGUAACCGAAUUAAAGGCGCAAUUUUUCGAGAAAUUUAAAAAACUCGAUGAGUCAUUGGCAAAAAAGAAAACCCCUUACUUUGGUGGACAAUCCGUAACCAUGAUUGACUACAUGAUCUGGCCUUGGAUCGAACGGCUGAUUGCUUUUGAUGUUCUAGAGUAUUUGGAGAAGGUGCCAAAUAUCAGUGCCUGGCAGAAGCUCAUGCUGCAGGACCCAUCUGUGAAAGCGACCUAUACAGAGCCGGAUGUCCUCCUCAGCUUUUUCAAACUCUUUGCUCAGGACAGUCUUGAUGCAGUAGAUUAUGGCCUAGACUAA